AAAGCCCUAAUUUAUAUUCGUCUCUUUCUUUCCCCUUCUUCUUCUUCUCCAUCUCUGCCAUUGCUGAAGAAAAAUCAAAAACAGCUUUGAAAGAUAGAUGGAUAACAAAGAGGCUUCAGAAAAAUCAUCCUCCCAGAAGAUGGAUAACCAAGAAGCUUCCGAAGCUAUUGAUGCACUCUCAUUGACAGCUUCCUCAUCCAAUCCUUCCAUUUCAGCUUCACAGAUGAGUUUGGAGGAAAAGUUCAAGAUUGUUAGGAGUAUUGGGGAGGAGUGCAUACAGGAGGAUGAGUUGAUGAAUCUUUUGGCAAAGAAGCCACAGCCCAUUUGCUAUGAUGGUUUUGAGCCUUCUGGUCGAAUGCACAUUGCUCAGGGAGUUUUGAAGGCACUAAAUGUCAACAAACUGACUUCGGCUGGCUGCAAGGUGAAGAUCUGGAUUGCAGAUUGGUUUGCCCAGCUAAAUAACAAGAUGGGAGGUGAUUUGAAGAAAAUUGAGGUUGUUGGUCAAUAUUUGAUUGAGAUAUGGAAGGCUGUGGGAAUGAAUCUUGAAGGGGAUCAAGUGGAAUUUUUGUGGUCUUCAAAAGAGAUUAACUCCAGAGCUCAUGAGUACUGGCCUCUUGUUAUGGACAUAGCUCGAAACAACAAGCUUCCAAGGAUUUUAAGGUGCUGCCAAAUUAUGGGUCGGUCUGAGCAAGAUGAGUUGACUGCAGCCCAGAUUUUUUACCCAUGCAUGCAAUGUGCUGAUAUAUUCUUCCUUAAGGCUGACAUCUGUCAACUAGGCAUGGACCAGCGAAAGGUUAAUGUACUUGCAAGAGAGUACUGUGAUGACAUCAAGAGGAAAAACAAGCCUAUCAUAUUGUCCCAUCAUAUGCUCCCUGGUUUGCAGGAAGGUCAAGAGAAGAUGUCCAAGAGUGACCCCUCUUCUUCCAUUUACAUGGAAGAUGAAGAGGCAGAAGUAAAUGUCAAGAUAAAGAAGGCUUUUUGUCCACCAAAGGUUGUAGAAAAGAAUCCAUGUCUGGAGUACGUCAAGUAUAUCGUCCUCCCUUGGUUUAAUGAGUUCAAAAUUGAGCGAAGUGCUGAGAAUGGUGGUGACAGGACCUACACAAAUUUUGAAGAAUUAGCUGCUGACUAUGAAAGUGGGAGUUUGCAUCCUGCAGACCUGAAACCUGCAUUAUCAAAAGCAGUCAAUAAGAUAUUACAGCCGGUGCGUGAUCAUUUUAAGAAUGACCAGAAAGCCAAAGACCUUAUGAAAAGGGUGAAGAGCUACAAAGUAACAAGAUGAGGUCUAGUUGAAUGAAGUGUAAAUGGAUUGAGAGAUGGUGAUGGCUGUCUGGAAGUUCCAUUCCGUUUCUCAUCACUAUGCUUUAGUAACUUGGUUUCACAAGAAAUUUCAACACCUUUUUUGAUUCAGUAUUUUCUUGUACUUGUGUUAUUGAAAUGCCCGAAUCACAUAUUUAAAUUUUGUCAACUGUAAUUUCACCGAGGAAAUGCCUCUGAAACAUUUGUUUGCUACAACCUACACGGUGAUUUCCAGAUAGUAUUUUUAUUCA